GUCCGUCUCCGAGCUGAGGAUUCUCGCGGGAGCUCGAUGGUUUUCUUUCUCCAGCCGCGACCUUCGGGUUUCGUCCUGCGCAAAAGGGGAGAAACGGGGACUGAUCAGCGUUGCUAUUCUUUGGCUUAGAAAACGGCAAGGAAUGCAGCCCCGGUCAUGAGGAUGCAAACAUCGGAGAAUUUCCACGCUCUGUGCUAUAACAUGCACUGUAUAUCCUGCCAGCCUGGAUACAAAAGCGCCAGCGUACCAGAAGUUUUUGGCCCCAACGAUAUUGCCAUCACACAGAACGGUCAUCAGGGUCUGCGAAACCUAACAGAGCCUCCAAUACCGAGAUAUGACCUCUGAUGGAUCUUCAGCUGUCAUGUCAGCUCUCUUCAUGUCCCGAUCCGGAAAGACGUCAUCCCUCCUGGCAGGGCUGGGUGGGUGCCCUUGCUCGCGUCGGCGUUUUUCCAAGGCUGAACAAGAUCGGCCGAUAGCGUCUGGGCCGCUCGUCACCCCUGGCUACCUGAUUCGCCCUUUGGCUUUGGACCUCGUCGAUUGCGACAUCGGGAUCCAGAUCAAACUGGUGAUCAAGGAAAAGCAAACAGCGGAGAAGUCAGAAGACGCGAUUGACGACUUCCACUAUCGCGAAAUGCCUCUGACAGUCGUGAAUGGCCAUGUUUGUUUACAUACUUCUCAUCAUUGUCUUGACCACCAAGCAAGCUCAAUGACCUGCAUGACCAAGAAAGAGUUUCGGUCCAGAAGCGCCAAUGCAGCCGAGUUGGGUUGCCAGGCACCGAGUUUGACGCCGUCCUGGGUUACAAUCCAGCUCACAUCAGCCACGCCGCACAAGAGACUCCACGUGUACCAGUACACGUACUGCACUUUUGGACUCGGAUCCCGCAUUCUCCGCAACUUGAGCCGGCCUGCUCCAUGGAAACACGUCUGUGGGUUCGUUUGAGAUGCUGCAUGUUCAGCUACACUAGAAACAACCUGCACAUCCUCUCUCGAUGCAACCCGAGGUUGCGGGGUAAGUAAACAAAGGACGCGGCUCAGCCGUGUUUGCGCUCCUGAAUAAACAUGCCA